GGGGCUCCUCGUACCCCCUUCUCCAGCCUCCCCAGGCUCGCACCCAGCUGCCCCUUGUGGCCACCUGCCGAGCCAGUCAGGAGGAGAGUAGGGUUCCCAGUUUUCGCCCGGGGCUAGGACCCACUGAGGUGCCGCCCCAGGCACUGCCAGGCCUCCGGGGCAGGCCUCACUUCUCAGCCGGCGUACCCAAGUCCUGGGGUCGCUCUGCCAAAUGCUGCGACUCCUUUCUGCCCCACACUCAGCUCCAGGACUGGCCUUGGGUGCCCGCCCUGCGUGGGCAGUGCCUGCCUGGCCUCAUAAUUGCCCCAGAGUUGGCUGGAAGCCCAGGGGCCAGUUCUGCCCACGGUCUUUGAAGUAAGUCUCCCCUAAUUGCCCUCCCCAUCAUCUGAGGUUGGGGGCAGUUCCCUCUCUCACUGCAUCUCCACCCUCUGCUGGGCCCCUUUUUGCCCUUCUUCUUCCCCUCUCCCAAAUGCAUUUGGCUCUGCAGCCUCCCACCAGUUGUCACACCCCCUUAGUCGCAGCCUCCUUGCCUCAGGAGAAACCAGGUUCCGUGGAGACUGAUGCUGGGAUCUCCAAGCACCCUGUGUCUGUCAUGACAAGGAAAAUGAAGUCACUUGACCCAGAAAACGCAUUUAGUGAGUGUUGGGACUAGGACUUGAACCCAGAUUUGACUCCAAAGCAGGCCUCUGCUCUCCCUUCCCUUCUGUUGCUAACAUAGAGGAGGGGCCUGUCUGGGGAGAGAGAGCUGAGUGGCAGCUGAUUUCCUAAGGCUGUGGGGGUGACUUUCCCAUGGGGAUCUCCAAACCUCAGCAGUUGUGGAGCCAGGAAGGUGGGAGGGAGCCCUUCGGAGCAGAGUCUGCCCUGAGGCAGCCAGGGAAGGUGUCAGCUGGGCGGUCUCCACCUGCAUCCCAAUUAUGAAACUGCCUGGGGCAGGGCCCUCCUGAGUCACACGCUCACUUACUGUCAGAGCUGGGAGCUCUUAGUUCUCCAGUGUGGAAACUGAGGCCUGGGAGAGGAAGGGACUUGGUCCCAGGCUAUACAGCUGGGGGUGGGAAUGGAGGUGGGAGCCAACCUCCUGACUCCCAGCCUGUGCCCUAACCAACAGACCACGAGUUUUCCCGUGACUCAGCCAGAGGAAGAAGGAAGGGGCUAAGAGCCCAGCUGGGGGUGGGGGUAGUUCAGAGGAACCAUUCUAGAGGAGCUGGAGGGCAGAAUUUGAUCACAGACUCCUGGGUAUUUCCUCUAGCCCCUGUAGAAAGGCCAGGGAUAUUCCCUGGGAGGCCUGGCAGUGAUACUCCGGCUGGUGAGGUCAAUCCCUUCAGGCCUGGCCUUGGAGUUUCCCAGUCUUCCUCCCUGGUUUUGUCCCUCUGCAGGGGUGUGCAGGAGCCAUCUAGGAAUAGCAGGAUCUUGGCCAAGAUGUUGUACUGCUCCUGCCUUACCUUUCUCACCUGUGAAAUGGGGGAAGGGGCCAUGGAAGCAUGGAAGGAGAGAAGGGAGAAGCCAAGCCCUCCAGGGCCUGCCAGGGGUAUCUGCUGGGGUAGGGUCAGGCAGAGACGUUUGGCCUCUGAUACCAGAUGAGAAGGGGCUGCUGGGGGUUCAGUGCCUCCCCACGGAAAGGGAGCUAUCAUAUGUAAAUCAUUGCACUGCAUAUGCAAAUGAAGGCUUUGUUAGGGAGUUGGGGAGUGUGGUGCGUCAGCUGGGCUAGCCUAGCCCAGCCAAGAAGGUUGACAGGCACUGGGGGAGGGGAUCUUCUGCCCCCAGGCCGGGGCAGAGCCUGGAUCUUUCCCCAGAAGCCCCAGCUGCCUUGACGGCCCUGUGGGGUGGGAGAAACAGUGAGCUCAUGGCACAGCUGCAGGGGGAGGGCAUCGUGUGGUGAGGACUGACUGGGUCUGUGCCCCGUCCAGCCUGGGCCACUGGCUCCAUUGUCUGGCCCAGGUGACACAGCUGAGCCAACCAGCCCUUCUGAGCAAGAUUUUGCCAGCUCCCCUCAAGCAAAGGAGGGGACAUGAGGUCCCAGACUCCCCUAGCCAGCAGGCUCCCCUGACCAGGCCCUGAAGAAGGAAUGGCAGACAUGUAGUGGGCGAAGAGGUGGGGGCAGAGCAAGGUCCAGCUGGAACCAAGGACUGGUUAGGUCAGGAAUCAGAAGCACUUGUCUCUGCCCGCAGGGGUCUGCUUCUGGUGGGUCAGAAGUGAGAUGCAGCUGAGUUCUGAGGCCAACAUAGGCCUAGCCCACUUCCUUGAUUCCCAGGUGUCUGAUGACCCGCCAUCCUUUCCUUGUUCUCAGAACAGGGUCCCAGCUGUACCAAUUUGCCCCAGGUUUCCUUUCCUUUCACAGCAGGGGUCAAGAAUGGUGCUGGUGGGGGUCAGGCGUCUCCAACUCCUUCUGCCUUCCCCUACAGGAUUCGGGGGCUGGGCCCGGGAGGUGCUGGUCCCCGAGGGGCCCCUGUACCGAGUGGCUGGCACAGCUGUCUCCAUCUCCUGCAAUGUGAGUGGCUACGAGGGCCCUGCCCGGCAGGACUUCGAGUGGUUCCUGUACAGGCCUGAGGCCCCAGAGGCUGCACUGGGCAUCAUCAGUACCAGGGAUCCCCACUUCUCCUACGCUGUCUUCGGGCCCCGAGUGGCGGCUGGUGAGGUGCAGGUGCAGCGCUUACAGGGUGAUGCCGUGGUGCUCAAGAUUGCCCGCCUGCAGGCCCAGGAUGCUGGUGUUUACGAGUGCUACACCCCCUCCACUGACGCCCGCUACCUGGGCAGCUACAGCGGCAAGGUGGAGCUGAGAGUUCUUCCAGAUGUGCUGCAGGUGUCUGCUGCCCCCCCAGGGCCCCGAGGCCGCCAGGCCCCAACCUCGCCCCCACGCCUGACGGUGCACGAGGGGCAGGAGCUGGCUCUGGGCUGCCUGGCGCGGACGAGCACACAGAAACACACGCACGUGGCGGUGUCCUUUGGGCGAGCUGUGCCUGAGGCGCCAGUGGGGCGAGCGACUCUGCAGGAGGUGGUGGGACUCCGGUCUGAUUUGGCUGUGGAGGCCGGAGCGCCCUACGCUGAGCGGCUGGCUGCAGGGGAGCUGCGGCUGGGCAAGGAAGGGACUGAUCGGUACCGCAUGGUGGUGGGGGGUGCCCAGGCGGGGGACGCAGGCACCUACCAUUGCACUGCCACCGAGUGGAUUCAGGAUCCUGAUGGCAGCUGGGCCCAGAUCGCAGAGAAAAGGGCCGUCCUGGCCCACGUGGACGUGCAGACGCUGUCCAGCCAGCUGGCGGUGGCGGUGGGGCCUGGUGAACGUCGGAUUGGCCCAGGGGAACCCCUGGAACUGCUGUGCAAUGUGUCAGGGGCACUGCCCCCAGCAGGCCGUCACGCUGCGUACUCUGUGGGUUGGGAGAUGGCACCUGCGGGGGCACCUGGGCCUGGCCGCCUGGUAGCCCAGUUGGACACAGAGGGUGUGGGCAGCCUGGGCCCUGGCUAUGAGGGCCGGCACAUUGCCAUGGAGAAGGUGGCGUCCAGAACCUACCGGCUACGGCUAGAGGCUGCCAGGCCUGGUGACGCAGGCACCUACCGCUGCCUCGCCAAAGCCUACGUUCGAGGGUCCGGGACCCGGCUUCGUGAAGCAGCCAGCGCCCGCUCCCGACCUCUCCCAGUGCACGUGCGGGAGGAAGGUGUGGUGCUGGAGGCGGUGGCAUGGCUAGCAGGAGGCGCUGUGUACCGGGGGGAGACUGCUUCCCUGUUGUGCAACAUCUCUGUGCGGGGCGGCCCCCCAGGGCUGCGGCUGGCUGCCAGCUGGUGGGUGGAACGACCUGAGGAUGGGGAGCUGAGCUCAACGCCUGCCCAGCUGGUGGGUGGCGUGGGCCAGGACGGUGUAGCAGAGCUGGGGGUCCGGCCUGGAGGAGGCCCUGUCAGCGUGGAGCUGGUGGGGCCCCGAAGCCAUCGGCUGAGACUACACAGCUUGGGGCCCGAGGACGAAGGUGUGUACCACUGCGCCCCCAGUGCCUGGGUGCAGCAUGCCGACUACAGCUGGUACCAGGCGGGCAGCGCCCGCUCGGGGCCUGUCACGGUCUACCCCUACACGCAUGCCCUGGACACCCUACUUGUGCCCCUGCUGGUGGGUGCAGGGGUGGCCCUAGUCACCGGCGCCACCGUCCUUGGCACCAUCACUUGCUGCUUCAUGAGGAGGCUGCGAAAACGGUGAUCCUCACUCCCCAGUUCUUGCAGGUGUCGACUGUCUUCAGCCUAGCUCCAAGCUCUCCUCUGGUCGCCCGGAUACCCUCUCCCUCUGUCCAACUUCCUUUAAUUUAUUUGACCUCCCUCCACCCAGAGUGGGAGGCAUGGCCCCCAUCCCCCACUCCUUCCCCCCCACACCCCUCCCUCUGGACUUCUGUCUUGAUCGCAUACCCAUCCUGCAGGGAGGCCAUUCCCUGUCCUGGAAUUAGUUUUUCUAAAAUGUGAAUAAACUUGUUUUAUAAAA